UAUCAUUAUCAUUACUACUUCUACAAAUACAGCUGAAUCUCUCUCUCUCUCCUUUUUGUAUCAUUGUUUCUCCAAGCUGUCUAAAGCAAAAUAUUGGCCUUCUCACAUACACCUUAUAUAUAUAAUAUAUACAUAUGUAUAUGAAAACUCACACAAAUCCAAAUGUAGUUUUUGGGCUCUGAUGCAUAUUUGAUUCUUCCAAAUAGCUGGAGGAGUUUAAAAGGGUUGAUUAAUUUCUGCUCUCAUCUCAAAUCUCAAGGCUAAACAUACCUCAUGUUGUUUACCUUCUCCAUCAACCAGCAUUACCUAAUUAAUCAUCUUAGCAUCAUCAACAGAUUAAAUUAAAUCACCGGUCCCAUGGCCGCGCUGUCUCAGAUUCCGACACCCGGCAGGUCCUUUUCCUCCAAGGACCUGCAGAGGCGAGGCGUGAUGCGGCGCUCGUAUUCCGACAACCACCUUCUCUCGCACAAGGCCAGAGCCUCGCUGCAGGUCCAGCCCGGACCCAACCUCAAGAACAGCCGUUUAUUCAACAUUCAGCUCUCCGGAGCCGCCAUGAUUCCGGAGACGCUGAAGUCGUUUCUCUUCGAUCCGGAGACGACGAGAAAGGAGGAGGUGAGUAUCGGAGAGACUGGCGAUGAUGAUCAGGAUCAAAUUGAGAUCCAUCAAGGGAAGAAGCGAGGGAAUUGGAUCGAGAUGAUCGUGGAGCUCAGGAACAAAUGGAAGGGGAACCGAAACGACGACGUCGAGAACUUCCAUGUGAAUGAGGAUGGCGACGGAGAAGGAGGCUGCGACGUUGAUUACGAGGAAGACGAAGGCGGCGUCGAUGGAGAGACGUUUUCUUCCUUGUUGAGACACGUGUCGUGGUCGGAUACGAAGCUUUUCGCACAGCUCGCUUUCUUGUGCAACAUGGCGUAUGUGAUCCCUGACAUGAAGAGGGAGGAUUUGAAGAGGCAUUAUGGGCUAGAGUUCGUGACAUCUUCUCUGGAGAAGAAGGCAGCUGCUGCGGCCAUCAUCGAACCGGAUUUAUCGUCGCCGGAGAUUUCAGGGGCUUCGUGUUCGCCCUCAGCUGCUUACGAGAUUGCUGCCACGGCCGCAUCGUACGUCCAGUCGCAGGCGAGCCAGCUUAUAGCGUUGGGCGCGGAGCCGGAGCUGGGUGAAGAUGAGGAGAGCGAGAUCGAGCCGAGGAAAAACAAGUCGGAGCGGGCGGCGUGCGUGGCUGCCUCGACCAUGACUGCGGUGGUGGCGGCCGGGGAGGAGGAGAAAGAGAAGGCGGCAAGGGAUCUUCAGUCGCUCCAUUCCGCACCGUGCGAAUGGUUUGUGUGCGAUGAUUCUGAUAUCUACACUCGCUCCUUCGUCAUUCAGGGAUCGGACUCAUUGGAAUCAUGGCAGGCGAAUCUCUUCUUCGAGCCGACGAAAUUUGAGGGGACAAAUGUGUUUGUUCACAGAGGAAUAUAUGAAGCAGCAAAGGGGAUAUAUGAGCAGUUCAAGCCGGAGAUAAAGGAGCAUAUAAAGAGAUUCGGGGAGCGGGCGAGGUUCCAGUUCACAGGGCAUUCGUUAGGCGGUAGCCUCGCCCUUCUGGUGAACUUGAUGCUUCUCACCAACAAGGAAGUGAAGGUGGGGAACCUUCUCCCCGUCGUGACAUUCGGAUCGCCAUUCGUCUUCUGUGGCGGCCACAAGAUCUUGGAGCAGCUAGGCCUGGACGACAGCCAUGUGCGUUGCGUGAUGAUGCAUCGAGACAUCGUGCCAAGAGCCUUCUCCUGCAACUACCCUAACUACGUCGCGCAGCUGCUCAAGCGUUUGAGUGGCACGUUCCGUUCCCAUCCCUGCCUCAACAAGAAUAAAGUGCUGUACACUCCGAUUGGGAAGGUCUUCAUCCUGCAGCCACACGACAAGACGUCUCCGCCCCACCCGUUGCUCCCAGCAGGGACCGCCCUCUACGAGCUGCACGAUGCCAACGCCUCUUUAACCAAGCGUGCCUUUAGGGAGUUUCUGAACUCGCCCCACCCCCUAGAGACGCUGAGCGACCCAACGGCCUAUGGCUCACAAGGGACGAUCAUAAGGGACCACGACUCCAGCAACUACUUGAAGGCGGUGCACGAAGUCAUAAGGCAGAAUUCGAGGGCCUUCGUGAGGAUAGCAAGAAAAGAGAGGAACCAAAUGUGGCCAUUGUUGACUUCAAGAUCACCACAUGCUUGGCGCCACACUUGUCAUAUUAUAGACGAUAAAGUACUAACUGGAGCGUGAGGUGAGAUACUCUUAAUGUAAACACCUCUUUCUUUACUCUUGUAAAUAAAAUCCACACAAACUUGUUGAAGGAAAACAUGAAGAAUUAGUACAGCUUUCUCAACAUA